UCGAGAGAGGUCGACGUACGCGCAAUGUGUUCAAUGUAGGUCGCGCUCAUAUCAUACUUCACAUUUCUCUCGCAUAUGGAGAAAAGUGCUCAGUGGGCACACCACGCUGUGAAUACUAACGGUGCUUCUCAAUCUACAGUUCUGUUUCCGCAUGUGUGACUACUGAAGUUGAAAGUGCCUAAAGUUAUCUAUGUUGGUAAUGUGAUUGUGUUGUGCCGAGACCUUUGUUGUAAGCGAGACGCGCAUAUUCGCAACAACAUUCUGUUUCUCGGAAGUCCCUGCGUUUUUGUGAAUGAGUCAACUAGCAGGCGUCAAAAUUGUCAAUUUCGUCACCGUACUCCCGACUAUCUCCGAAGGUGUGACGAUGCGGGAUAAAAGGGGCGGCGCUAUGAGCAAAAUGCAGAAGCUCAGAAAGCGUCUGUCUCUUAGCUUCGGUAGAUUAUCAACAAAAGACGAAUCAGAAGGUGAGAGCGAGUGUCGGGGUCGACAGAACGGCGGCAGCGGAGCUCGCGGGAAACUAGCUUACAAUGGAUACUCCGAAGAAUGCCUAGACCGAUUAGAGCCUAAUGGAAACAUACCCAACGAUAAGGAUUCACAUUACGAUUGGAGUGGUGGCGCCGGUAAUGGAGAAUGUCGAGUUAAGAGGCAGUUGUCAGUAUCUUCAGACUCCAAGCUACUAGACGAGGGAGCGAGAGAGGACGCCAGGGUAGUCAUGAGGCCUAAAAGGCCCCCCAGACCCAAGUCCGAGGCUUAUCUCGGGCCACAUGAAAACUCAAACAGACGCACGAAGCGGUUUAGUGCCUUUGGAGGUGACUCUCCGUUCGGCAAAUCCGAGGCGUACAUUAAGCUGGAGCAGUUGGGAGAGGGAUCCUACGCCACUGUUUACAAGGGCUACAGCAAUUUAACGCAACAAGUGGUCGCGCUAAAGGAGAUCCGGCUCCAGGAAGAAGAGGGUGCACCGUUCACAGCGAUACGGGAAGCGUCGCUGCUCAAGGAGCUGAAGCACGCGAACAUCGUCACCUUGCACGAUAUCGUGCAUACGAGGGAGACGCUCACCUUCGUCUUCGAAUUUGUGGACACUGAUCUAUCGCAGUAUAUGGAGCGACACGCUGGAGGUCUCAACCGACACAAUGUCAGACUGUUUAUGUUUCAAUUGCUACGGGGCCUGUCAUACUGCCACAGGAGAAGAGUUUUACACAGGGACGUCAAACCACAGAACCUGUUAAUAAGUUCACACGGCGAGCUCAAAUUGGCAGAUUUUGGUUUAGCGCGAGCCAAGUCUGUGCCAAGUCAUACAUACUCACACGAAGUUGUCACGUUAUGGUACAGGCCACCUGACGUGCUGUUGGGCAGCACAGAGUAUUCCACAUCGCUGGACAUGUGGGGUGUGGGCUGUAUAUUUGUGGAGAUGCUGUGCGGUGUGCCGACCUUUCCCGGGGUGAGGGACACCAAUGACCAACUAGAUAAAAUAUUCAAGAUCGUGGGCACGCCCAGCGAGGAGAGCUGGUCUGGUGUGAGCCGGCUGCCCGGGCUGCGCGCGCACGUGGCUCGCUGGGGCUGGUGUGCGCCGCGCCCGCUGGCGGCCGCCUACCCGCGCAUGAGGGACGCGGGACGCGACGCACAGCGUCUGGCCGCCGCGCUGCUGCAGCCAGACCCCAGCCGCAGGAUGCCGGCCGCGCGAGCCAUGCGGCACGAGUACUUCGCGGAACUGCCGCCCAGACUCAGCGACCUGCCCGAUGAAGUUUCAAUAUUCACCGUGGAAGGUGUGUGUAUGCACUCGGAAGAAUAACAACCCACCGAAGCGAUAUGUUAGUUAAAUCUUAUUCGUUCCUUGUCGCGGCCGACGCGACCGGUCGUCGAGUCUUGCGAUCGAUCGCGGCGUCCUGUCGCGCGUCGCGCCGCUCUGCGACAGAUCACGACACGACGCGUUAAUCGCCCGUGAUGGGUAAACGUUCAUUAGUUAGUACGUUUUAAUUCCUAUAGUUAUAUAAAAUGGUCGGGAAUCUGGUUGACUGGUUUCGAUUGACCAAACGAGUUGGUGAUAUCUCCCGUUCUAUGUGUGAAGGCAUUCUAUGCCAUCUGUUUUGUUUGCUUGAAGAGAAAUUAUACAAAGCAUACUGUAUUACACAGUUUUUUUUUACUUUUUUAUUGUUUCCAUUAAUAUACAUGUUAUUAAUAUCUAUAUAUAUAUAUAUAUAUAUAUAUAUAUUUAUUUAUCAAUUUUAGAAUGCUCAUCUUCUGAACUGAACUUCUACUUCUAGGCUGAACUUACUUUGCUUAAAAAGAUUUACAAACAAGUAUUGCAUUUUCGACUCGUCUCGCAAUAUGUACCAAGAAAUACAUUCUGUGAUCAAGUUUAAAAUUUUUGUUUUCACACUAUUCAAUUACAAAUAAAUCCAAUGUGCAAUAUAAUUUCUCUCCAAUCAACCUCCCCUCGUCCACGGGUCGGAUGCGGUCUGCCUCGACGUUAGCGCUUUGUUAAGCUUCUGAUUAUUAUAUCCAUCCAUAUAAUUCAAUUACUCUAUGGUGACAAGGUAAACGUUAGGUGUCAAGUGUGAUGAUGGGAGCAGUUCACUUCCAUAUUUUGAUACCGCUAAACAGUCCAUCUCCAUACUUUUGAACAUGGAGACGUUGAAGGUUUUGUCGAAAUAUGCAAUUGAAUCGCUCCCGCUGUAUUAUAUAUUAUUAAUAAAUAAAACAGAGCAGUGUGCCAUGUAUUGUAUUGUAUCUAUAUAACUCAGAGAAUGACGAUUUAUUUUAAAUGGAAUUUUUAAGCUGGAUAUACACGCUCAUAAUUUUGGGAGAAAUUUUAAAGAAGUUUAUUUAUAUUUAGUAAGCAUUUAAAGUAAUGGUAUUCGCAGUCUUGUGAGCUUAUCGUCUGUGUUGAGCACGAGCGAUUUAUUGUUUCAAUUUGUAUCGAAUGCACAUUCCUUAAAUGGUGCUCAAUAUGUGUUGCAUCUAGUUACGUUAUGUCAAUCAACAAUUUUUUUCUGAAACAGUGAACUAGCAAGACGUUCACCGGUAUGUGAUACGCCCUGCCCAUUACAAUGCAGUGCCGCUCAGGAUUCUCGAUUGGACCCAAAAUUCUGACCGGCAUCCAAAUUGCGCUCGUCACACUGAGGCUUGAGAUAUAUUAACUCUUAUUAGCCCAAUGAAUUCACUAGCUGUUAAAUAAAAGGCGCGCGCUAUGGCAUCCUAUUCAAAAAAAUAAUAAUUAAUGUAUGUUUUGAUUGGCGUAACGUGAUAUUAGUUAAAGUUGCACUAUCGCAUUAACCGUCUAUUAAACUUGCCUUGCUCGGUACCGGAAAUUGCGACGAUCGACUGCCUCCAUUGAUACCGCGAGAAUUGAAUGACGAAUCAAAUGUAGUUACAUUAGGUUGCGCUCAAUAUUGUUUUGACUCAAUUAUAAAUAAAAAAUAACGUAUAACCCUGUUUCUAUUGUUAUCAAAAUGAUAAUUUGUUUUCUCAUUAUCAUUGUUUCCGUUUUCGCAAUUGGGUCGAAAUAAGUUAAGUGCAACCGUUGCGUGUUGACAGAUCUCAGAUUAAUGUGUGGGACCGUCCUAUAACGAUAGGGGAUAUUAACUAUUGGAGGGUUAGGUUAGGGAGUCUAGUUCCGUCUACGACUAGCGAAAUAUACCGGUAGGAAAUUUGUAGGUCCCUCACGUGUUAGUUAAGAGUGUAAAGGCGGCCUAAUGUCAACUUGAUGAACCAUAUUGAAAUAUAAUCACUCAUGCUCAUGUAUAACUAAUUAAAAAUUAUUUAAAUAAAACCCAACGUUAUAUUCAAAAACUUUCUUUGAAAUUAUAUUACCUAUUUAGUUUCCGAACAAUCAAAGUUCACUUGCUCGUAAUUGGGCUGAGAUAGAAUUAAAAAUGACCGCUUUUAAGUUUGUGUACUUUAUUUCGUUUUGCUAAGGAACGAUCCUCGUUAUUAAUUUGUAUUUCUCAUUUCUCUCGUUUGAGAUACAAACGUAUGAAAGAGGCAGCCAAGUCUUUGAACACUUAAUGAAGUCAAAUCAAAGCUGCGAUCUUUAGUCCUUACCUACAGCAAUUAUAUAUUUUUUAUAAGAAUCGAAAUACAGAAUACGAAAUAUUUAUUCUUAUAUUGUAAUUCGAUUAUAUAAUCUUCAAUCAGUUCAAGACGAAAUAACAAUUUAACGAAGCAAUUUCCUUGAAACAGUAAUUUGUCAAAGGUAUUCUAUUACCAUAUCUCCUAGAUUAUGAUAUCCAAUUUACAGUUGUGUACUUCUCGAUAUUUCACAACACAUUAAAAAUGUUUUUAAAAUAAAUGUUUUGUAUGUCUGUUGGUAUGGAAUGGUGCAACAUUAGUUUUUUAAUCUUUUUAGUGAUAUUUUUUUUAUUUAAAGAGAAGUUAAACGUUUUUUUUUAUGGAAUACGAGGACAAACGAGCGUACGGGUCACCUGUUGUUAAGUGAUCACCGCCGCCCACAAUCUCUUGCAACACCAGAGGAAUCACAGGAGCGUUGCCGGUAUUUGCAUCAAGCUGUCAUUAGGUUGUCGGCAUAGGAAUGUAUACGUAGUGUAUAGCGUAGUUGCGAGCUUUAGAGACGAUUUACAUUUAGGGGUGCGGCGCAUUUCAAACAUUUCUUAAAUCCAUUACGACCUCAUAUCUAUGUAGAAAUCAUAUUACUAGGCCUGUUAAUACGGCACCAACUGAUUUACUUACAAUUGUGAUUAUAUCGUAAUGUUUGUCAACUGAAGUUAUUAAAUUAAAUUAUCUAUUAAAAGCCCCAAGUGCCUGUUAAAAUUAUGCAAACUUCAGGUCAGUUGUCGGUCGGGCGGUCACAAAAUUUCGAGCGCCGCGCCCCGACCUAGUGAAAUUAAAAUUAAUUAAAAAAAAAAUACGUUUCAGAACACCAAUUAGUGAGUAAUGUUAUUGUAUAAGGAACGCAAUACUUGUGUUAGUGUACAUGACUUGUUGUUUUAUGUGUACUUGUGUUGUAUAGGAGAGGUUCACCCGUUGAGUGAGGCACGGAGUUGUCUAACAUGCAUAUAGAUAUAUAUGUUGGUAUUGUGAGCUUUAUCGAUGUGUGGGUGUGAAGGGGGCGUUUUCAUACUCGUUGCCGGAGAAUACACGUAAUGUAAUAAAACAAUCUGAUUGUAAACUAUAUUGAUAGAUCGCAUAUCUUACUCACGCAUAGCAAUUAAUAUUUUGUUUCUCUAUUGCACUAAUAUUUUUCCAGUAACCUAAUUUAACCUAUCCUAUAAAAAAAUCAUUUAACAAAUAUGUCAAGGCUUUCUAUGCAGAUCUGAUUUGUCUGAUCAAAUCAAGAGUUGAGCAGUUUCAAGAAAAAAUUUAAUAUAAAAAAAACUAAAAUGUUACAUGUUUCUAAAUAUAAUUGACAGAUUCUUUCUGGUAGGGCUUGAUGCAGUAUGGUCUCUAUAAGCACUCAGAAAAAAAAAUUGUGACGUGUUUAAUGUAUUGCCAACCACCCCAAAGAACUUAUACUUUGAAUAAAGUUAUGCCUAAAAAUAAAUCAAGAAUACGCAAAUUGUUAGACUAUAUCGGUGACAACACUUUCAAUACAAUCAUAAUUGCCAAUAAACGCGAGAAACGUUAUACGUCCGAAUAAAGCAAUCAUAAAUAAAAUGUACAUUUGUAAACAUUUUGCAUAUUCAUGGUUUAUUCUUAGGUAUAACUUUAUACCAAGUAUAUUUGUAAAGCCGUUACAAUAUUACCUAGUCGAUGUUUCAUUUGUAACAACAAUGGUCAAUGGAUAUAUAAUUAAAAUUAUUAUACUUUGGAAUAAUAAUAUGAAUAGUAGGUGCACGAGUUUGAAGACGCCCCAGUGAAAUGUGUUAAACACUAAAACUUGCAUUUGUAAUGAAGAACUGAUUUGUGUAUGGGAUAAUUACUGUUCUAUUAUCAUUUGUAUAUAUAUAAUAUACAUUAUUUCAUUUAUUUUUACAUUUAUUUUAAUUUUCGUUUUGAUCUAGUUGACAUUGCCGAUUUUGGAAUGUGCUAUUGUUUAGCGAUUUUAAUGAAUAAAACAAUGUGAAUUAAUAGUGUGAUUGUUCAAAUAACGUCAAUAGCUUAACACCGAAUAAAGCCUUUGAAAGCUUAAUGGUGCAGCGAGUGCGUUUGUUUUAAGCGAUUGUGGUUAUCCAAAGUCAAUCCGUGCACAGUCAGAGCGAACGAGCGAUUUUAUUGUAUAAAUUUAUGCGUUAAACAACAAUAAAGAAAAUAAUUUGUGUAUUAAAAUUUGGCAAUUAGUAAUUGUUCAAUGAUUUUUUAGAUUAUUGGUAAUUGUUUUGUUACACUUGUUUUCGUGCAUUUUUGCAUUUGGAACUGUAUUAUUAUAGUUUUAUAUUUUUGAUUUAUACAAAUCUGUCCGAAACCGGUUGCACAAAUAUUACCGGAACAGUUUUAUCUACGUUGCUAUCAUAACGCGCCGCAGAUGUCACAUGUUAGUGAGAAUAAAUGAAUGUUAUUAAACAAUUAUUAACAAAGUUGCUCGUUCGCUCAUCCGUGUUGAUUACUAAAUCACUAAUACGAUACCAAUAAUCAAUUUUAUUGCAAUUUCUUUUCUUAUUUGUGUUUUUAGCACCUGCAGAAUUUAUUUAUUUAUAUUAUAAUACACAAUUCCGUUACUAUCCGCAAGUUUUGUUUCUAUUAUAAUGAUUUGUAUACAAUGUGCUUCUAAUAGUUUGAAAGAUUGUAAAUAUGAUAUUUGAACUGAUAAUAAUAAAAUUUUUAUUUCUUAAUGAC